CUUACUUCAUCUUUGUCUUCCAAACCCAUUUAAUCUGUUUUCUCGGUCACCUUCUCUCUAGACUACUACAAGAUGAUGCAUCCCCUUAAGCAAGAGCUUGGAAUCAGUACUAAUUCGUCUAACAAUAAUGUCCCUACGGUGAACCGCAGCUUGGACAAUAUCAUGGAAAUGCCACACUCUGAGCUGCCUGCUUUGUCCAAUAACGUCAGCCCGUCUUUGGAGGAUCAGAUGCUUGAGCAGCUGCAGACAGCCAUAGGCGGCCAAUGCUCACUACUACGUGGGUCGUUGCGCCCUAUCACACUCAAGUUUGAAGAUGUGAGUUACAGUAUAAAGCUGAAGAAGUCCGGCGGAUUUUGGUUUUCUGCACUGGAACCCAAGCCUGCUGAACGGACCAUACUCAAUGGCAUUACUGGGGUUGUCUAACCGGGCGACCUCCUAGCAAUGCUCGGCCCAUCCAGCAGACGCUCUUGACGGCCUUGUCAGGCAGACUUCCGGGAAAGUUCUCCGACAACAUCACCUACAAUGGGCAGACCUUCUCCGGAUCCAUAAAGCUCAAGAUCGGAUUUGUGCCACAAGAUGACGUACUGUAUCCCCACCUCACCGUGCUAGAGACGCUAACCUACGCCGGGGAAGUUCUCUGACAGCAUCACCUACAAGCGGGUCAGUAUCGGGCAAGAGAUGUUGAUGAAACCGAGUCUGUUGUUGCAGGAUGAACCCAUGUCGGGGCUUAACUCCACCACCGCUUAGUGUAUCGUGGCAACAUUGCAAGGGCUCGCAAGAGGCGGAAGAACGGUGGUGACGACGGUAGGUGCCUGAUAUAUAGUGGGAGGCUAGUACCGUUCUUCCGCAACAGGGGCUUGCAAGAGGCCUCUUGUAUUUAUCAAAACAGGCCUCCCCUGUUGCGCUUGUAUUUAUCAAAAGGUGCUUGAUAUAUGACGAUAGGUGCCCGAUAUACAACAGGAGGCCAGUACCAUUCUUCCGUAACAGAAGCCUCCCCUGUUGCGCCUCUUGGACAUUGCAGUGGCUCGCAAGUAUCGGACUUUCGAUAAGCUGGUGGUGUUAUCGGAUGGGUACCCGAUAUACAGCGGCAGCGCGUCUCAGGCACUCGAAUAUUUCAGUUCUAUCGGUUACAUGUCGGGGGUUAUUCUCGUCAAUCUAGCUGAUUUUGUGCUAGAUGUAGGUUUUCCAUAUGAGAAGGUGAUCGAAGGGAGAUUUUUGUUGAAUUUUU